AUGCCAUUGUACGCGGGCGAGAAGCGGGCGGAUGGCGAGUCGCAUGAGAUGAAGCGGCUCCGGCACGAGGAGAACCAGGUCGCAUCGCGCGUCGUCUUUGCCCGCGGCCUCCCGGACGACUGCCUCGAGAGCGAGCUCAUGGCGCUCUGCAUGCCCUUCUCGUCGGUCGAGAAGGUGCUCAUGAUCCCGGACAAGAACCAGGCGUUCGUCGAGCUCCCAGACACGACGGCCGCCACGAACCUCAUUGCGUUCUACCAAGCCCAUGACGCAAUGGUCCGUGGCAAGAAGGUCUUCUUCGCCUUUAGCAGUCGCGGCGAAAUCUGCCCCCAAAAAGGAUCCGGCAAGAGCUUCAAGGAGUCGCCGCGCCGACGAUCACCGCCGCGGCCCAGCCGCCGGUCGCCGCCGCGCCAAGCUGACCCGCGUGGCUACCAGCCGACGCCGACCUACGAGACGCCGACCAACCUGUACCUCCCACCCGGCCAGCGCAACAAGAUCUUGAUGGUCACGAUCUCCAACCUCGAGUACGAGGUCAAGGUCGACACGCUGCACCAGGUCUUUACAGGCUACGGCGGUGUCGUUAAGAUCGUGCUCUUCUUCAAGGGCCCAGAGCUGAAAGCGCUCAUCGAGAUGGAGACAAUCGAGCAGGCCGAGGCUGCGCUGCAUGCGCUCAACGGCCGUGACAUCUACACGGGCUGCAACACGCUGCACAUUGGCAUCUCCAACCACGCAACCUUGACCGUGCGCUUCAACAACGACACGUGCCGAGACUACACCAACCCGACGUUGCCUGCCGGGCCGGCCAACCCCGCCCCCGAGCCAUGGAUGCUCGACGAGCCGAUUCCGCCGGCGCGCACGGAGUUUGUCGCGCCAGCGUCGCUGCCGCCGCCCAUGGCGCGGGGCCGGGACCGCCGGAGUCGCAGCCGCAGCCGUGACCGCCGCCCGGAGACGAGGCGUCCGCUCGAUCGCCGGGACCUCAGUCCUCGUGCGCCGUCGCCGCGCCGGUUCGACAGUCGCGCCCCGUCACUGCGUCGGCUCGACAGUCGCGCCCCGCCGCCUCGGGACUUUGACCCGCGGUCGCGCGAUACCUCCCUCCUCGCGAUGGCGCGGCGUACGAUCCGCGGGAGCUGCCGCGGGAUUUCGAGUCUCGGGCACGCGAGCUCGAUGGCCGGCCACGCGAGCUGCGAGAGUAUGAGCCGCGGCCGUCUCGAGAGCUGGGGCUGCGGCGGGAGUACGAGCCUCGGCCGCGCGAGUUCGACGCUCGGCCUUUGCGGGACCUCGAAUUGCGUCGGGACGCCUACGACGUGCGCGGUCGCGACGUGGAUCCGCGGGGGCCUUCAUCACGCGACUAUGACGCCCGCAGCCGGGACAUGGAUCCUCGACACCGCGAUAUGGAUCCUCGACACCGCGAUAUGGAUCCUCGAAGCCGGGACAUGGAUCCCCGCGGCCGGGACAUGGAUCCCCGCGGCCGGGACAUGGAUCCCCGCGGCCGGGACAUGGAUCCUCGAAGCCGCGAUAUGGACCCUCGAGGCCGCGAUAUGGACCCUCGAGGCCGGGAGUCGGACUUUAGAAGCCGCGACGUCGAACUUCGAGGCCGCGACUCGGAUCUUCGAGGCCGAGACGUGGAUCCUCGAGGUCGCGACCCUCGAGCGCCCCUCGUCGUCGCGGUCUGCAUCGAGCUUUGAUCCGCGCUCGGUGGUGCGGGAAGUCGACGAGCGCCUGCCACCGCGGCACAGCGGCGGUCGUGGUCCGCCGCCGCGCCCGCCGCCGUCGAAAGGCCGGGAUUUCCCGCCGCGUGACGGGCGCUUCGAAGCUCCGUCGUCGUGCGUGCUCAUCUGCAGCAACAUUGACGACCACUACAUGAAAAUGCCGGCCCUCUUUACCAUCUUUGGGUGUUUUGGGGAUGUGAUGCGGCUCAAGAUCAUGUACCGCAAGCAGGGCACGAUCUUGGUGCAGUUUGUAAACGAGGUCCACGCGCAGUCGGCGCGCGAGCAUCUCGACGGUCUCCACGUGUGCAGUAAGAAGUGGCGCGUCGACUACUCCAAGCACGCGUCCGUGGUCAUGCCGCGCGCCGACGCCGAGCCGUUCGAGCUCCAAAACACGAUCGAUUUCUCCAAAGCGCUCUCGCACCGGUACCGCCGCCGGUCGCUCGCCGAGGUCGCGCCGCCCUCGCCGAUGCUGCACAUUUCGGGCAUUCCGGAUUCGAUGCAGCCGGCGACGUUGGCCGGGCCGCACCCGAUCGCAGACCUCUGUAGUGAGCAUGGCAUCCUUCGCCAGUUUCACCCGAUUCUGAAGCAACCCAAGAUGGCGCUUCUCGAGAUGCAGUCUCUGGAAGACGCGCUCGACACGAUGGUCGCCUUGGACAACGUCCUGUUUCCGGACGGCCGCAUCCGUGUCUCCUUUUCCAAGUCGCCGCCGCGCCAGUAG